AUGGUUCUUCAACGCGCUCCACAAAAGGCGAUCGUAUGGGGUUAUGGUGAUGGUUUAAAUGUGUCGAUCAGUUUGAAGAUAAACGAAAAGAUUUAUCAUACGAAGAACUAUUUAUCGUCAAUUCAUUCAUCAGAUGAAAGUAUCUGGUCAGUGACACUCGAUGCCGAAGGUGAAGAAGGUCCAUUUGAACUUGUUGCUACAGAAACAUUCUCGAACGGAUCACGAAUAUCAAUUAGGCUCCAUGAUGUUCUUUUCGGAGAUGUUUGGCUAUGCGCCGGUCAAUCGAAUAUGGAAAUGUCUGUACAAAAAAUUUUUAAUGGCUCAAUUGAGAUUGAAAAUGCUGGAAAAUAUCCAAAAGUGAGAUUAUUUACAGCAUCAAGGCAGCAAUCAACAAAACCUGAAGAAGAACUUUUGAGUGUUGCACUGAAUUGGUCGAUUGCAUCACCGAAGAGUGUUGGUAGUGUUUAUGCAUCAGCAGUAUGUUGGCUCUAUGGUCGUAUGAUUCAUCUAGGACUUGACGAUAAGCGACCAAUCGGUCUUGUUCAUGCAUCUUGGGGUGGUACAGCAAUUGAAAUGUGGUCACCACCUCAAGUACUAAAAGACUGUGAUGUUGUAAUAGAUAAGCAAAUAGAACUUGAACAUAGUGAUGAAACAGACUUUAAACUUGAUGCAAGAUUGAAUGAUUCAGUUUUAUAUAAUGCAAUGAUUUAUCCAUUUACACGUAUGGUUAUUAAAGGAGAAUUCUAUGUAGGUGAAGCUAACGUUAAUUACAACCGCGAUAAAUAUCAAUGUACAUUUCUUAAAAUGAUUCAAUACUGGCGACGCAUAUGGCAAAAUCGUACGCAGUUCAUUACUGAUCCGACAUUUCCAUUUGGUUUUGUUCAAUUAUCAACAAGAGAGAGAACAGGCAAAAUUAUAGGUGGAUUUCCUUGGAUUCGAUGGCAUCAAACCUUUGACAUAGGAUAUGCUCCUAACAGUGCUAUACCUAAUGUAUUUAUGGCAACAACUAUGGAUUUACGGGAUGAUGGCGGAGGUAUUCAUCCACGAACGAAACUUGAUGUCGGAUAUCGUCUAUCUCGAUCUGGUCUUGCCAUUGCUUAUGGUCAAAAAAACAUCAAUUAUCAAGGACCAAUUGUAAACGAAAUAGAAAGAGAUAGUGAUGAUCGAGUCAAUGUUACGUAUUUGAGCACUUUCUCAUCUUCUAUUGAAUUGCGCAAUCCUGAAGGAUUUGAGAUAUGUUGUCAAGAAAAACAAAUGUGUAUGUCAAAUGAGACAGUUUGGAUAGCUGCACCAGCAAAUUACGCCGCAAUAUCACCUAUCACCGUCAAGCUUACAGUACCAAUAGUAUGCCUGUCUAAAUCAGUGCAUGGUGUUCGCUACUUAUGGAAAGAAACACCGUGUCUAUUUAAACAGGCUGCCGUCUAUAGUACAGCUGAUUCGAAUUUACCUGCUCCACCUUUUAUUCAGCUUUUUUAA